CGAUAGUAGUUUUAUACUCGAACAACUAUAUGUGUGUAAGAACCUAAGCUAUUUUUCAAGCUGUUUUUAUAGUAGUAUAUUAUAGGCGAUUAUUAAAAUAAAUAAUUUUAAAAACCGAAGUCUUAUACUUUAUAGAUACUGUACAAUAAUGUUUUCAGACACAAUAGAAACAAUACCACCUUCUGUCAAACACUCAACAACGAUUGUAUUUUUCCACGGCCUAGGAGAAUCAGGGAAAAUGUGGACAAGUACUUUAGCAAAAUUGCGCAAACCACAUACAAAAAUUGUGUGCCCUUCAGCGGAUAAAAUCUCUAUGACAAUGUACAAGGGAUUUGCGACAAAAUCAUGGUUUGAUAUGACUGCCCUAAAAGAGAUGGGUGAAAACGAAUCAAGCUUCCUUCAAGCCGUAGACUUAGUACACGUUCUGUUGGAUAAAGAGUUAUCUAGUUCAUGUAUUUCAUCCAAGAAGGUCUUAAUUGGAGGCUUUUCACAAGGCGGAGCUUUGGCUGUAUAUGCGGCACUCACUUACCACAAACCCUUAGCAGGAAUCCUGAUGUUGUCUUCCUGGAUACCACUUCAUAUCAAAUUCCCCAACGCAGCAACGAACAAUACAGAUAUACCGAUUUUACAGUGUCAUGGAACUAAUGAUUCAGUUUUAGAUUUUCAGUAUGGAAGGAGAACAUCGGAAGUAAUGAAAUCGUUUGUUACCAAACACGAAUUUAUCAUUUAUCAAGGUCUAAAUCAUUGCACAAAUAAAGAGGAGUUGGAAGACAUAAAAACAUUCAUUAACAAAGUUUUGCCGUGAUGUGCUUGAAUUCGAAUGUCGUUUUCUUCUCACAAGGAAUUUGGUUAGCGGUAUAAAUGCACCGUCGAAUUAAACUAAUUAAAACGGUAAUUGGAAAUGUUUUAGUAGCUAACAGGAAUACAUACAUACAACUACAACUAAUGUCUAUAUAGGUCGUAAGAUACACAUAUAUGAUGACAUUGUAUUUAGUUUUUAAGGACUUUCUUUUACAUUUUAUUUGUUUUUAUCACUAGAAUUUUAGAUUUGUAUUACAUAAGUUUUUUAAUUAUUGUAUUAUUAUAAUAGUAUUAUUAUUUUACCAAUUUAAUAUGUUUAUUUUUAUUAAGUUUUUCGUUUAAAAAUACUCUUUAUAAGUUAUAAUGUUCACCUGGGGAGAAUCUCUAAGAAAACCCUUAAAAAUGAUAUUAGUCGUAGUUCGAGAAUUAAUAGUUAUAAUUGCGCAUAUAAUUAAUUUAUACAAAAACUACUAAGCUAAUAAAGUCGUUAAAACUAUAUUUAUGAAUUAUAAUAAUACGCGAAGAGUUAAAAAUAUGAAAAAAGUUUAUUAUUUUUUUUAAAUUGUAUAAUUUAAUUAUAAGAUACUAAUUAGAAGUUGGUAUUAAAAUAUAGGCGGUAUAUGAAUAUACAAGGCUAUAACCUUGUAUGAAAAUGCACACUCUUCAUUAAGCAUUGUGGCAUUCCUUUAUAGUGUAGGUUAUUAAAAAUAUAAAAUCAAAUAAAUGGCAUAUUUCAAAACAAUCAAGUAAACUGAGUAAUUAGUGUACGCCCUUGAUAAGUGGAGACUUGUGCGGCAAGUAAAAUUGAUAGCAUUACUCAACCUUUUCUAUGAAUUUGUUUUUAGCAGAAACCUCUUAUCAGUCUUGUUAUUUUAGCUUAUUUUCUAUUUCUUAACAGCUAUUCAGAAGAUCGUUGAAUUCCUCAUACCACCAUCCCAUCUCCAAUCCCGACAUCACAAUAUCCAUCCCUUGACGUCAUCACGUAGUGACACCAUGUGUCUGAGCACAAGACUCGACGACUAUUGGAAAUAAUUGGUAACAAAGCGUCGGCAACCCAUAUUGAAUAUCUAUACUGUCUAGAUAGUAAAGGCAAACGUUUCAGCACCGCAUUGAAGCUAUAAAAAUAGACAUAAGGCUGGAUAGCGGGAUUUACUUUCUUAUGAAUGUGCUAGCUUAUCGAUCGGAGAAUAAGAAUUCGUCUGUACCCCUAUUUUUGGCCAAAACAGUACUUUCCGCUAAAUAUAUUGCUGCUUCGAUAAACAGCAAAUAUCGUGCGACUGGCAUUUCGGGUUCGUUUAAUCUCGGACUAAUAACACAAAGGAUCGGCGUGUGUAAAUCAAUUGCGUUCUGCCAACCGAAAAAUAUCACAGUUACCCUAGUUAGUGUACAAUCGUUUUAUAGCCAUGAGCUCAAAUUUCUGUACCCUUGCA